AUUAAGUUGCUGCUAGUACAGUGCUACUGUCGCCCGUCUGAUUGCUGCUCCGACACUUCGGAAACACCGUAAAUCUGACAGCACGCGUGUUUCUUUCUUCCUGAUCUCUUAUCGCCGUGUAUUCACGUAUCAUUGCACCAGCCGGACGAGACAAUGCGAGCGACUGCAACGCUGCGAGCACCUGGACCUGGGACCUAUUGUGCGAUCGUUAUCGUUAACUGCGGCAGCAACUUAUUAGUUAAGCGUUAGUAGGAUUGUUUUGACUAUAUGUCGCCGUGUGUUCUUGUAGAACGAGUCCGGCAGGUCGUGCCCCCCACCACACUUACGCGCAGACUCCGUCCUUGGUAAAGCAGGGUGCACGUCUUAGUGGCGGCUCCCUAAUCAACCUCGUGUUUUUCAAUUGGUUUUUGGUUGCAAAUGGACGCGAGAAGGCAACGCGUAGCCGUCGAAUGCUGGCUUGAUGUACAGUCGUAGCGACGGCUAAGGCAGACAGACGGGCGUUUGCGUGAGGUGCAGUGUUCGUGUGCAUGAAUAGCCUACCUUGAGUCGGCGAGACUUGUACGUGGUGGCUACAGGUGGAAUUAUAUGCGUGUAACGUCUUUACUGCUACCUACACAGUACGUCACUCGCGUGUAAUCGAUGUUUAGCACGUACUGCACAUCGGUUUAGCGUUUGUUUAGAAUCAAGAGCAGUAUGUGGAGCUUUCUGAUGCCCUGCAUAUAUGGACACUAUUUUAUACAGGAAUAAGUGUGUACGUGCGAACAGAGAAACGCGUGGCGUUAUAGUGAACGAUUGCGAGGCAAUGGAAAUGAGGAUAUCGACGCUACCGGUCGGUUAGGCUCGCAAUGCGAGGUGUCAGCGAGAACACCAACACAGGCAAACUAAAAGGGUAGUGCGACGGAUCCCUCUUGCAUGCCAUGUUCUCGCACUCUUCCGGUGCUCAAGCGGGGACGUUUCCCGCCGAAGUGUCGGACCGGGUUCCUGGCGUCGGGCGACCAGUUACGAGAGGUGUGAUGGCCUGGCAUAGCGACAUGCCCGUGAGGCGGACCACUGGAUUCAAUUCGCCAGCGAUGGUACUCGGAGCUUUGAAGGCGAAGGAGAAAGGCGGCUGUAACGCGGACAACAACAAGUGUUCUAAGAUCCAAAGUUUAAUCUUUUCGCGGAAGAAAAAACGCGAGAGCAAACUCGGUAAUAACGCGGACUUCGUCAAUGUCGGAUACAUCGCUUCGCAUGAAAACCUGCAUAAUGGGGAAUAUAGGAGCAGAUCGCUGGAAAAGUCACCACACCGAGUCGAAGCAGAGAAGGAAGGUCGCCCGUCCAGCCAGCCCAACUUUACGUAUGCGCAGAACGAUAACUAUAUGCUAGACCUGGAGGUGUGCACAUGUGGACUCAGCCAGUUAGCGCACGAUCACGGCAGGGGUGGUGAUCAUCAUCAAGGGAGGAAAAUGGACGAGCUAAACAGCGCAGACAUCAGACACGCGUGUAAUCGCAUGUUUACUGGCUCCGGCAGACGCGUGCCAGUCCAGAAUGCCAACCCGGAUGGACAGGUUAACCCGGCCUAUGUUGCUGAGAGUGCGCCACAUCGGCACAGCCAGCGCGGCGAGCGCAACAUCUCCACUGCACCACCAGCAUCGGGGAGAAGCCACGCCACACAGAGCCCCAGCCACGGCGGCACCCCGCGCUCACACACGCCGAACAGUCGCACCUCGACGCCACACAGCGCGCGCGCGAGGGAUUCCAACGGCCGCACGCCAACGCACGACACGACGAGAGAUCCUCCGGCGAACGGUCACAGCAUGAUCCUCGAGCCGGACGUGAUGUACCCGCACCCGCAGCGCUCGCCGCCGCCGCGCCCCGCCGCAAAAUCCGACCCGGCGCGUCACUCCUUCGGCCAGGACAAGCACGCGCGCCACGACAACACGCAUCGCGCACACCCGCUCGCGCCCGCGUCUGCGGAGGACUUCACAGUCCACCCGACAUCGCACAAGCACGACGUCAUCGUCGUCGACAACCGUCGCAGUUCCUCCCAGGGGGCCCCGCUCGGCCGCAAGCUGCCCGGCAGGGUGCCGACGCCACUCGCGACGCUGCUCGACAAAACCUCGAAGGGCUUCACGGAGAAUCCGGCGUGGCGACGGCAGCACAGCGAGGACAGCGAGGGAUCGUCGCUCUCACCGCCGCUGCCUCCGCUCUCUCCCGGCGACUCGGGGUCGUCCGACGACGACUCGCUUGACCCCAAGCGCCGUGGCCACCAGCGAGGGCAGUACCGGACGUCGCGACUCACGCCGGACAUUCUUGAUGCGACGCCGCGGAAGGAGUCGGGGAAGAAGAUGAAGCGAGUGCCCAGCAUCACGGCAAUCCCAAAGAAGACUGCGGGGGUGGACAAGCCGAAGAGGAGACGAGCGAAAAAGUCGCAACACAUCAAUAUUUCCAGUCUGAUGAAUAACAGCUCACCAAAUGCGGGGCCAAACGCAGAGCAUUUGGAGAUCGACUACUCAGGCAGCAGUUCUGAGGAUGGCAGCUACACCAGUGGACAUUGCACAAGCGACUCUGAAGAACCAAAGCUGCGCAAACAGAUGGAUGGCAUGGAGACCAUGUAUAGUGAACUGCUCAGGACGAUGGGAGUGAAGGCAGAUGUACUACAGAAAGUCCAACAUAACAUCAGGAAUGCACAAGUUCAGGGAGAAGGUCAAGAUAAGAAGUCCUCAGGAUUAGUCAUGCAACACCAGCGCUCUAAAGACGUUAGAGCAGUGAACAGGAGGUUUUCGCGGCUGGAGUCGCACGUCGUCACACUGGCUCGCAGCGUCGCGCACCUCUCCUCGGAGAUGCGCUCGCAGAAUCUCAUCGUCACGGAGAUGGACAACCUGAAGAAGGAGCUGAAGGAGUUGGAGAUCACGAAGCCGCGUGGCACCGUCGCCGGUCACAGAAACGACGUGCAGAACUUUCGCCAGGUGCUGCCCGGCCUGACGAAUCCCUACAGGGUGCAGAAGCUAUCAAAGUUCUUUGGUGAAAAUCCACCAUUGUUGCACAUAUUCAUGAAGAAGCUAGGCUAUGAGAAGUACAUUCCACUGUUUGAGAAUGAGAAGAUCACGAUGGUGGAAAUACCAUACUUAGACGAGAAAAGGCUGGAGAAGAUUGGCAUCCCAAUGGGACCUAGGCUCCGUAUCGUCCAGGAGGCACAGAUGUCCUUCCAACAGGAGACAGGAAUGAUCCCUGAACCAGGCACAAAUGUGUACUUCAUAUGAUGGGGCAGUGUUUCGUGACCUGAGAACCAAUCUCUACUUCAUAUAAUGAUAGAAGAUCCCUAAACUGGACACCAAAUCAUACACCACAUAUGAUGACACAUUUUCCUCCAAUAAAGCACUAGUGGUUACUUCAUAUGACGGUAGAAUAAUUAUCUCUGGACUCAGGAACCAGGCAUAGUGCAUAUUAAUACAGUCAAAAACCUGUACAUGAGGGCAACUCAAGGGAAACUCCGUGUGGAAAAACUAUAUCCUCCUAUGGACAGGAGUCCAUUUUACAAAGUGAACCACUCACAAAAUACAGAAAUUUGCAGUGAACCCAUGAUUGGUGUAGGAUCCAAACGUGUAUUGCAUUCCAGAAUAUAGGGACUGGUGAUACAGCAAUAUAUCUAUCUGCCUGCAAUAAAAGCGUUAUUUUGUAAAUUACAUUGUGGGGAAUGUUAUUUUAAGUUGUUUUAAAAGAAGAUAAUUGAAGUCUUGAAAAAAUGUAUAUAUAAAUUGUUUACCCAUUUUUUUAUGCAUAUGCAUUUCGAAUAUAAAUAUAUACUAGGAGAAUAUGUGAAAUUAUUUACCAAUGAUCAAUUGCUAAAUCAUGAAGAUUUAUGUCAGUGUGCUGUGUCACUUAUAUAUUCAUGAUUAUAAGGAGUGACUUUACACUCACUCUGUAGGUACAAUGAAUGCAUGACUGACAGAGAAUACUUACAACCAUUAGAUCGAUACGAGAAUAGCCAUGUCUAUAGUUUUCAAUGCACUUUUCUGGGGUUUUGCCUUAGGCACCACAAUGUGCCGUACACAUUUUAUUGGAAGCACAGUCGUGGACCUAAUUAACCGAGUGAUUGAUUAGUAAUUACGAGUGCGUGGCUGUGUGCAUGUGUGAAAAUUAACAACAUUCUGCUGCCACCUACUGUUUAAAAAGGUAGUAUGCACCAACGGCAGAAAUGCUGUCACCUGGAUAUAGAGAUGUACGCACGCAAAAAAGUGUGCAUAAAUAUCAUUGUACAUUGAAAGUCCUUUAUAUAUAAGAUGGUCUGGAUAAAAAUGGCAGUGCAUUUAAAAUAUUCAUACAUUUUGUAAGUUGUAAUAUAUAUGGCACUGAGAAAUAUUAACUAUGUAUGCUUCAGUUACACUUGCAUUUGAGUUGUUUUUCAAAUGAACAGAAAAGUAAUUUCUUUAUUAGAGUGUAUCUGAUUCUGAUCACAUGGCAUUUUCAAUAAAACAUUUCACGAAAUGUUCUCAACAUAAACAAAUUAGGCCAUAAGCUGUUCUGCAAAGAAUUGAGGGUUGAGUGCUAUCUCAAUUGUAAAAGCAAAAGCUGAGGGUGCGACACUUUCUAAAAUUGUUUUUUAAACCAACCAUAUUAUCUCACGAAUAAAUCGGAAAACUGCA